CUAGGACUACCGCACCUGAAAUCGGGAUAUCGGUAACGUGACGCCUCUAUCUAUUUACCGUGCUCCACCACUAUGACGACGAUAGGGGGUGAGAGCGCCAGGGGACAUUAGUACGACGUAGGUGCACCUGCUGAAAGUAAGUGCCAGUAUCAACAGGACUCCGGACAAAAGUCCUCGUCAAUUAGUCAUAGCUCUACCAUUAAAUUCGCUUCUACUUGUUAUUGGGACUUGAACUGAAUUUCCCCUGGAUAGCACUUUGUGCUGACAUCUACCAUCACCAUCAAACUCAGCAUUGCAGUGGGAGCUAACAGAAAUCAAGGAAGAAGGGGAUUGCCACUCUCUGUCGCCAGUCUUCUGAUAUAUUUGAACCACAUCACAAGUAGGGUACGGGAAGAUGCCCGUUCAGAUACCAGACGAUACAGACUUUACCUCUUUCAAGGAACAAUGUGAAAACCACGAAGGAUGGACAGCGCGCUACAACAAGGGAAGCGUGACGGUGUGGUGCAGGGAUGAAGAGUGUAAAACUAUCCAGAAACUAAAGAUGAGGAUAGUGUGUAAGGACGUGACUGCCGAGACACUUUACGACGUCCUUCAUGACACCAGCUACCGGAAGAAAUGGGACAGCAACAUGAUCGACACCCACGACAUCGGCAGACUCACUGUCAACGCAGACGUAGGAUAUUACUCCUGUGAGUUAGUGACAGACGUAGGAUAUUACUCCUGGAAGUGCCCGAGCCCCCUGAAGAACAGGGACUUUGUUACCAUGAGAUCGUGGCUUCCUCUGGGCAACGACUACCUGAUCAUCAACUACUCUGUCAAACACCCGCAAUAUCCGCCCAAAAAGGACUAUGUGAGAGCGGUGUCUCUGCUGACAGGAUACCUGAUUCAGUCCAGUGGAGAAAACUCCUCCACUCUCUAUUACCUGACGCAGGUCGAUCCCAAAGGUUCCCUUCCCAAGUGGGUGGUGAAUAGAGCUUCUCAGUUCGUAGCACCAAAGGCCAUGAAGAAGAUCUACAAGGCCUGUCAGAAGUAUCCAGAGUGGAAGAGGAAGCACAACCCUAACCUGAAGCCCUGGAUUUAUCCCGAGCAGAACACCUUACCGUGUAUUAACGUGUCUGACCUUGUGCUACAGAGAGCCGACUCACUGGAGAACAUUGAUGAGAGCCGCCUGACGGAGGAUAAACAGGCACAACGUCACAGCGAUGACGAAGAGACCUAGGCUAACUCUGAGUGAAGACACUGUUUGUAUAUAUUUGUGUGGCUGUGUUUUCUAAAUGGCACCCUAUUCCCUAGAAAAUAACGGUAAAAGAAAAAAAGAAAAAAAAGAGAAGUGUAUUACAUUUGUGCAGGGCCCAUAAGACUCUGGGUCAAAAGUAGUGAACUAUAUAGGAAAUAGGGUGCGAUUUGGGACACACCCUCUGUGUUGGGUUUGGUAUGUGCGUGUGUUUCCGUGUGUGUGUGUGUGUGUGUGUGUGUGUGUGUGUGUGUGUGUGUGUGUGUGUGUGUGUGUGUGUGUGUGUGUGUGUGUGUGUGUACAGUACAAAUUUGUAAAUGUGCAUGUAUGAUUUACUAUAAUUUGGAUCUGCAACUUUUGUCUUGUUGCAUUUAGUUGGUAAUUGAUCUAUAACUUAUUGAAUCAGAGGAGUUUAACAGGGUAUUUUCAUAUAGGAAAAAAAUAGACAACGUAUGCACGGUGCUAUCCUUCAAUUAAAUGGUAUAAUAUCGAAUUUAUGAUAAUACUGUAAAAAUUUGUCUAUUUCAAAACAAAUUUCAAGACAAUAUUUAAAUAUUUCAAGACCCUAACAUGUUUUUUUUUUUCAUAUUCAUGUUUGAUUCGACCAAUAGAGAAAAUAGCCUAUCAUGCAGCCUACUUAUUACAGUAUAUUUCCUGGCAUCUAGUGCCUCCCAGUGGCAGUAAUAGGUCAUAACAUUUCCUCAUCGCCCAGUGUUUGGAAGCCGUGAGCGUUUAGAACAGUGUUUCACGAACUCGGUGCACGUUUUGGUGUUUGCCCCUAGCACUACACAGCUGAUUCGAAUAAUCAACUAAUCAUCAAGCAUUGAUCAUUUGAUUCACCUGUGUAGUGCAAGGGUAAAAACAAAAACGUGCACCGAGUUUCGGGGAAAACGCUGGGUUAGAACAAUGGAAUGUUGUCAGUUUGUUAGGAAGUGAAUUAGCAUAAUGCACCAAGACAAGUGUGCUUUUGUACAGUGAAUGGCCCACUGAGACUCCUAAUGACAGUCACAGGGGAGGAGAGAUGGCAGCAUAACAUCGCCCGAGGGAAUUAAAAAAAACCUGUCUGACCCUUAAAAGGAAUGAUUAUAAUCUGUUAUAGCUUGUUAUAACCGUAGGGGUCAUAAAACUUUUAAAAGGUCAUUACCUCAGUGAUACGUUGGUCUUGCCUGUCCUGACUGAAUUUUAAACAUUUUGUCUUUCUGCAUAAAGUUAUUGUUAGUGAUGCAGUUUUACUUCAAUUCUAACGGCCUUUUGGUAGGAUUUUCAGACAUGUUUCCAAAAUGGAGAGACUAUCGUGUUCAUAGCAACGCACGCGUUAAAUAAAGAGAAGUUGUCUCCUGAUUUUAAGCCCUUCGCGGCUGAUGCUCCUGAUUCCUAAUCAUCAUUUCCAAGUACAAGUUCCCAUUUUAACUGCAAUGUUUGUUUUUCUCCGUCGAUAAGGAACGUUUAUGCGUGACUGUAUCCCUUUUCAGACUUAAAAAUGCAGCUGGGGGCCAAUCCUCAGAAUCUGUAUUGUCUCAGGCACUUCCUGUUUCCCCAAGGCUACUUCCUGUCCCAUUUCCUGUCCGCAUCAGUCAGAUUGUUUUUGAGGGAAAGGAAACUCCACAGUUGUCUAGAUUUCUCACACAACACAAAAGCUUCUCUUUGAUUGUAGAACUCAAAGUUCAUUGCUUUUGUCUCGUAUUAAAAUGUCUUUCAUUUUGAGUGAUCUUUGAGAAUUAAAGAGUGUGAUGUUAGUUACACUUAUGAUCUCCUAAGAUCAUCCAUUUAUUAUCCAUAAUCUGA